GGGCAGAUUUACAGCAGUUAGAGGGCGGUUGUACAAGCGUGCCUUUUUGUUCUGUGUGGUGUCGCUGAGGUAUGACAUGAAUCCAAUGUCACGAUAAUGUUUUGACAAUUCAGUGUUGAGAUGCAGUGUGAACGUUCUGUAGUGUGAAUCUUGUAAGUAUGGAAGCCCUUCGCUUCAGUUUCAGAAUCACAAGUCUGGCUUGUGAUUUUUUUUUUUUUUCUUACAAAUAAUUCUAAUACUUUUACCUCUGAGGUAUUCAUGUAAAAGUGCAAAUAAUUAGUUAUUGCAUUUGUUCCUGUUUCUUGUGCAUUGCUGAAAUUCAAUAUGUACUGUAGUUCUUAUAGCAGUACCUCACAAACAGUGAAGAUUUUGGAGUAAAUUCUUCAUGGCGUCUAAGAAGACUUCUGGGUAACAUAAAUGUUGCAGGAAACUUUUGUUCUGUCAGCUUGGAGAGGCUGCUAUGCUUUUGAGCUACAAGAUAAAGAAGAGCUCUGAGGAAUCUGGGGAAAGGGGACAUCAUGUCUUGCUGGGCUGUAUUCAUUCCAGCAUGAAAGGCUAUAUUGAUCUGGACCCAGAUUUUCAAAGCUUGAUUGUUUUAAAAGAACCAUCGAUAUGGAAGAUGACGAGUUCAGUGAUAGUAGUGAAGAAGAGCAGAAAAUUCUUUUACCAUUUCUGGAACAGGAAGAAAAAGAAGACAAAGCUGGUCAGUUCUCUAAUGUGAAAGACCACCAUGAAGAACACAAACUUCAAGAGUCAGGUGAUGGUGGCAAGAUGGGAAACAAGGACCUUUCUGAAGGAGUUGGAGAUAAGUCUGAUUAUAGCAUGAAAAGUUUGGAACACUAUUUGGACAACAUUAAUAAUAUUCUGCCUGUGAAAUAUGCAGAUAGAAUUCACAUAUUAACCCUAUGCAGGAACCUAAAACAGCUGAAUGACAUAGCCAAAGAGAAGAAACAUGUGGUACAAAAAAACAGGUAUGAGGUGUGUCAAAUAGAAACUGAGCAGGGAAAAUCUGAAAGCUUCCGUGAGCAACUUGAAAAAGAUGAAGAGGAGCUAGAGAUCCAAUACCAAAAACGAGCAGAAUUGCGGAUUUGGAGGGAAAAAAUAGCAGCUCUGCAAGCAGAACAAAAUCAACAGGCUAGAGAAAACAAAGAAGAGGAAGCCCAGAAAGAAUAUGAAGAAAAGCAUAAAGAAAUGCUUGAAGAUAUUCAAAGGAACCAUAGAAAAGCAGUCCACUUCCUGAGAAAAACAAUGACAAGAAUUCAUGAGAAAAAUGCAGAAGAAGAAAUGAAGACUCGGGAGCAUAUGGAAAGAAAGAUGCAAGCUGUGCUUUCCCUGAAAAACAGCAUAACUUCCAAUAGGGAAAAUCUCCGAACCCUCCAGGUAGGGCAAAAAGCAAGGGCCUCUGAGGCAAAAAAAGAGAUGAAAAUGAGGGAAGCUGUUCUAGCAGAAGGAGGCAAUGUUGCCAAGGAAAUUUUUCUCCAUAAACGACUGCUGGAGCAUGAAAAAGAGAAACAAGCUUUUGGAGAACAGCAAAAAUCUAGAAGAACUGAGAUUGUUGCUCGAAUUUUGCAAGAAAAUGUUUAUUUUCACAAGCAGAAAAAUAGUCAAUCCUGUACUAAGACAGUUAAGAGAGAUGGUAAACUUGAGGAUUCUUUACUGUGGAGAAUGAAAACAUGGCAGUAUAUUGAGAAGACCUGCAAACAUUCAGCUGCAGCAAUGCCACAGUUGUGGUACUCUCCAUCAAUUUGCUCCUCAGCUGAUGAGAGAACUACUUCUGUACGAGAAUUUCCUGAAAAAGUAUGCCAUGAUGUGUUCUGUGAAAGUAAAGAAGAUGAGAAAGAGAGGGACAAGCCUCAAGCUGAACCAGAGUUUCCAGGACUUUGGAAUCAGGAAUGUGACUUGCACAAGAUACCCAAAGAAGAAACAGAACCAAAGCUGUUGGCUACAAGGAUAAUGAAAAAAGAGAUUUUCGAGAAAAAAAUUGGGAAACUCCAAACUGGAAUUGUUCAUGAGCAAAUAGUGUCUAGUCAUGAAUGUGAGGGAUGCCCUUUUUAUAGUAAACCAAAUCUCAUUCAUUUCAAGGACUUUGAUGUUGGUAAAAUUUACAAGAAGAAGAUAGUUUUGACAAAUGCAUCUUACAGUGUUAAUUCCUGCAGACUAUCAGGAAUCAGUGAAUGGCUCAAGGACUUCAUCAGUAUUCAUUUUGACCCACCUGGCCAAAUGUCUGCUGGAAUGUCCUGUGAAGUAGGAGUAACAUUUAAGCCAAUGAUGAAUGAAACUCUGGAAGGAGAAAUCACAUUUAUGGCACAGACAGGUUCUUUUUCUGUUCCAUUGAAAUGUACAACCAAGAAAUGCAUUCUGGCACUAGAUAAAGAGCUCAUUGACUUUGGCACUCAUGUUGUGGGGGAGAGAAUUUCACGGGCUGUCACCCUGACAAACCAUGGAGCAUUGGGAACCAGAUUCAAAGUUCAGAUGUCAGCAGGUGACAGUAGUAUAAGCAGAGCAAUAGCAAAAUCUUCUUCUAGAAGAAUGAUUAGUCAGGAAUUGAAUGACUCUGUCCCUGAAGAGAAAGUCAGUAAUAGUCCUGUGAAAUCUGUGUUUGAGAAAAAGGAUCAAACUUCGCAUGACCAUAGUGAAGAAAUGACUCAUUGUGUAACUCGGGUGGAGCAGCAGAGGACAUACACAAGCCUGAGCAGCACCUCUACAGAAGAGCUUAGUCACGAUGCAUUAAACUCUAAAUCAGAUCUAGAAGCAGACGAUGCAGAGGACUUAGUGGAACCUUCUCCUGAAGAAACACCAACUGAAAUUAUGCUGGGCAAGGUUACUGAAGGUAAAAUUGGACCCUUCAACUCAGUCAAACUUCAGAUUAUAUUUAUCCCAGCUAUCCCUGGGGAUGUACAGGCAGAGUUUGUGAUUAUGUUUGACAACUCACCCUGCAAGCCACUGUGCUUUAGUGCCAUUGGAGUUUCUAUUGAUGUGCCAGUUUGGGUGCCCAAUCCAAACAUUGAUUUAAAGAUCUGUAUGUAUGACCGACUUUAUCAGGAUUGCAUUGUCAUUCAAAGCAGAGCAAAAGCUGCGCUGCGUUUGAAGUUUGAAGUAUGCAAAGAAUUGAGUAAGCAUAUGGAGCUUCUUCCAAAAACAGGUUACAUUCAAGCUCAGUCAUCCUUCAAUGUGCAGCUGAAGUUUCUGCCCAGGCAUUCUCUUCCUGAAGAUGCAGGGAACUAUUUUGAUCGGGAGACAAGAGUUCUGGAAGUUCCAAUGACAAUACUGGUUGCAGAUAAGACUAAACCUGCUAAUUUUACUGUCCAUGCAAUUGUUACUACUUCUGAUUUGGAAAUUAGCCCAGCAGAAAUCAAUUUUGGAUACUGCACAAUCUAUGAAGCUGUGCAGACAAAUGUCACACUAACAAACAAAUCCAUCUUGCCACAAGAGUUUGGAUUUGUAGGACUUCCAGAGUUUGUUGAAAUUCAACCCAAUGAUGGUCUUGGAAUUCUUCUUCCCCUUGAAAGCCUGACAUUGGACAUAAUCUUCAAAGCCAACAAGGCAAAAGAAUACAACUUUGAACUAACCUGCAAGUCAGAGAUUAAUAGACAAUUCAAGCUGUCAUGCAAAGCAGUUGGAGUCCACCCACCUCUUGAGUUGUCUCAUUCCUUAGUUCAGUUUGCUGCAACAGCUUUAAAUGGUGUAUCUACAGCAACACUCUAUGUAAUAAAUUCCCAUGUAAGAGUCAACCACUUUACUCAUGCUGUCCCAAGAAUUGGCAAUGAGGAAAUUGCCCAUGUUGGACCCACUUCCUUUGAAUUCCGUGUGCCAGAAGACUGUCCUGUGACAAUUACACCUUCUGUUGGAACUGUGUUGCCUGGGAAGAAAAGCUUGAUUCAAGUGUCCUUCAGACCAACAUUGUCAGAUCAGCUAAUCAGAGAAGAGGCAAUUCGGCUUUGCAGAGCAGCUGUGACAAGGGCAGAAAUACAAACGAAGAAAGAUGAGAAGAGAGAAACAAAGAAACUAAGCAUUUCCUUUAUCAGACAGCAGUCUUCCAGGCAGCUUGCAAGAGACAGAGGCAGUAAAUACCUGACUUCUGUAAAUAGUUCUGAACAACCAAAAUCCGAAGCGAUAAAACCCAGUUCUGAAGCUUAUAUGGCAGCCCAGAAUUUUCUGAUCAGGAAUUUCAGAGGGAGGUUUGAAAAAUACAUCAUACCCUGCUUUGUUGCAAGUGGAGAUACUGAUGGAAAGAGAAGUUCUGAAGAUCUAAGCUGCAGCCCUUAUAAUACCUUGUAUCUGGAGCUGCACUGUCCAGCUGUAUCACCGUCUGUUGUGGUCACUUCAGAUAAUGGGAAAAACACAGUCAAUUUUGGUGAUGUCGCAAUAGGCCAUAGAAGAAUUAAGCAAAUUACAAUACAAAAUAUCUGCCCAGAGCAGCUGGAACUAGGAUUCUCAAUUCUGAAUCCCAGUGGUCCCUUCUCCUUGGUCAGACCAGUUGGAAUGCUUCAGCCAGGGGAAAAUAAAACUCUUAUCAUCUCUUUUUGUCCAAAUGAGAAUAAAUGGUUUUUUGAAACAUUGGACAUCUGGACUGUAAAAACUAAUCUAACCCUAAGCAUCAUUGGUCGUGGGGUCAUGCCAUCAAUUGUCUGCUCUGUGGAAGAAGUACUCAAUAUGGGAUACGUCAUAGCCAAAGAGAACAUGACUUCCACAUUCAAGAUAGAGAACACUUCCACACUGAACCUGAGAUACUCCAUACAACUGGAUUCACUUUCUUCAACAAGGGAUAAAGAUCAGCAGAGACUUCCCUCCUUCAUGACAUCCUCUUUGCAAAGAACAGAUUUUGUUGGAACACAGAAUUACAAUGGUUUAAGUGUGUUCAGCAUCUUUCCAAUAGAAGGAGAAAUUGUUGCUGGGAAGAGCCAGGAUUUUAUUGUCACUUUCAGUCCUGAUCAUGAAAGUCUAUACUAUUCUGACCGUCUGAAGGUUGUGCUCUUCGGCAAGGAAAUAGCCCAUGUGAUCCACUUAAAGGGUGCAGCAAGAUAUCAUCCAAUGUUUGUGGAAGGGGGAAUUCCACUAGAUGUGCCCGUAGAGUCUUUGGCCGUAACAUUACCUAUGUCAUCGCAGGAAUCAGCAAAAGGAGAGCUGCAGGAACCGGUAAAGUCCAUCCUCCUGGUCCUGGAAUACACUGAGGAAGAGAGUUCUGUAGUGCCAGCAAUGACAGAACUGAAAGUUGGAGCUAUACGGACAGUUCAGUUUGCAUCCAAGAAGAACGUGGAGUUCAAUUUUGAUAACCUGCUGCUUCUGCAACAGAAGGGAUUCACCAUUGAAUCUGCAAAGGGAACAGUUGGUCGUGGUCAAGUAAAAUGCAUCAGUGUUUCUUGGGUGCCACCUGCUGACUUUCAUGCUGAUAGCCCUCUGAUUGUGACAACCCUACUGACAUUAAAAGGUGGCAUUAAGGAAUCUUAUCGAAUCUUCUUCAUGGCAAAAGUUGCAUCUGCAUGUACUCCCACUAAGCAAGGAAAAGAAGUUAAAUGGAAAGGAAGAUGAUGGAGGCUCAGACUAUCAGCUUGCCUUCCUUGGGGAAAAAAGUGACUAGAGGGUGCAGUAGAUGAUGGAGGGCAGGGAGAAGAGUCCAUGGUCCUAAGUUAAAUCAUUAUGGAUUGAUGUGCUGUUAUCAUUUGAUAAACGUCUGGCUCUCUCUAUCUUUUGUAAAGGUAUCACAGGAAUCAGAGAGGCGAGACAAAGGAAAAUAUUAAUUGACUUAAAAGGAAUGCUAUACUGUGUUUCAUGUGGUUCCAAAAAUGACAGGACCUUGUAUUGAGACACUAUGAAAAACUGAGCCUUUGCUAGUAAGCUGUUUAUUGCUUCCCUGAAAAACUAUAGGAUGGUUGUUACUGCAGUAUGAAGACAAUGAAAUUACAAGAAGAAGUGAUGUGGAUGGUGGAAUUUAAAGGCAGAGAUAGAAUAGAAUCCUAAUGAAACACCUGGUUGUUAUUGUUUGAAUUUGUUCUGCUAUUUAAGGCUCGUGAUGCUAUGCCUGAUCUGUGUGCCAUUUAAAUUGGAAAUGGUGGAAAGAGAAAUUCAUUCUCUCUUGAAGUGGCUCUUGGAAGAUUCUUUAGCUGAAGUUUUUCCUGUUAGACACCCUGAGGGGCUAUACAGGUCAAAGCAGAGGUGUCUUUGUAGGAAGAAGCCUGUAUUGUCGUAGUAGUAAAAUGAGACACACACCCAGGAAGUGGUAGGUUUCUGCAAAAGGGUCAUACUCUUUAAUGCUCAGAUUCUGGGAAAGUCAUUUACAACAUUGCAAAAGGAGUUUAAAAUGACCCUUGUGUGCCAUGGUAAAGUUAAUACUCACUGUGUCGUGAUUCUAACUUGGUAUAGAAAAUGCUGGUUGACUCAAAUCAACUUGUGAAACUUCCCAGUGCCAUUAAAUGGUGAUCUCUAGAGAAACACUUAGCCAAAAGAUCAGAAAAUAAAAGCCUCUUUAUGAACAAUAUACCAGAGGUAUUCCUUUCUCUGAGUAGGUAACUCUGUGCCUGCUUAAUUAAAAACAAAGCUCUGCUAUGGCAGAGCUAGAAAAACAGAUGAGAUUACUAUAACUGAUUUCAGGCUAUGAGAAUAUGGAGUUGUUCAGCUAGUCUUUCAGCUCUUAAUGUUUAGAAUGAAAACAAAAGAUUAUGAAUGAGGUAUAGGAAAGAAUGGCUAGAGUCAAAUGAGGAUUCUCUCUCUUCCUGAUUUUUGGCUGUGCUGUGUCAGCCACUGGUCAAAGAUAAUACAGGUUGUUUUUAACCUCAUCUUCCAUCGCUCCUGUAAGCUCUCUUAAGCAAAACUAUCUAUUUUUGCUGUGUACUUCUUAGUACAAAGGACCCUGAUUAUAGUUCCUAGCCACUGCUUGUUGAAUGUUUUAGUUAUGUUCUGGAAACACAGUCCCAAAAUAUGCGUAACAUCUGUUAUUUAUUUCUGGGAAUGUUUUCAAAAUGAGCCUACAGGAUUCUUCUACAGUAAUGGUCUUUAAAAACAUUAUGAUCAAUGAGUUCAUAUCAGCUUAGCUUGGCUUAUGAGCCUCUGGAUUCUCUCAGAGAAGACCUGCAAAUCUCCAAUUCACUGCCAAUAUCAAAACAAGCAGUCUAUGAUGUGGCCUAGAUGUCAAUGACUCUAAAGAACUAAAAAGGAGGCACUGGGAAGCUAAACACAGAUUUGCUCCCAAGCAUAACUGAAGAGGUAGGUGUCACAACUGAGCAAACUGAUACUGAGCAGGACUUUGAUGGAAGCCUGUGUACUUUGUUCCUGAAAGGUACGCAGCACCCAUGCAAACUGGAGAUGCUUCAUUCAUUUCAAAGGAGCCCUGGCAAUUUAAACAUAUAUCUAGUAUAUUCCUGAUCUGAACAGAACUGCACAGUAGUCUGUUUGUCUGACUUAAAUGGGAAAGAAGACCUUGAGAAAAGCUUUAUAUUUUCAGUAUUUUUUUAAAACACACAUUUUUCACAAUGUCUGGGCCUUGCCAAAAUGAAUUGUUUGCGCUUCAACUACCUAUUUGAUCCUGGGUAGUAACAGAAGUUUUCACAAGGAGCUUCUCAGAAUACUUUCUAAAACAGUCCAUAUCAUGAACAAAGGAGGAAUUUAUGCCCUUCAGACUAAAGGGCUUGAUAUGCCAGGAUUUCACCCUGUAUAUGAUCGGUACCUGAGCUGCACAGGAAAAAACUCUAAUGCAUUUAGUGAGAAAUAUUCCAGAUAUAGAUUUAAUUUAGGUUUAAAAAACUGUCCUUACGCUGGACUUGAAUGCCUUUACACUUCUCUCUCUCUUUUGGUUAGUACAAACAUGAAUCAGAACCUCUGACACAUUGUUAUUGUCUCAGCUGCCAAAGACCUGCACAUACUUUCAAUCUACUAAGAGAUAAGGAGAACUUGACAAAUGCUCGUUAAUCUCCUUUGUCCCUCUUCUUCCAUUAAACCACUGUAAUGGAGGGAAUUAGAGGAGAACACUCAGAUUUCUAACAGAAAACAAUGAAAAAUCUAAACUGGUAUUAGAACUAGAAAUCAUUCCAGCUUGCUUGUUCCAAGUUUUUGAACCUUACCUUCAGGGCUGGAGCAAGCUCUAACUGACUAAAUACAAACCACAGUAUGGUGCUUGUUAGUCUAUUAAUUUUAAUACCUUAAGCCUCUAUGGAGGUGAGACCUAAUCAAGGCCAAAGAGUCUUUUUAUGAUAAAAAAGAUGGAGGAAUAAUAAGAAAAAAAGAAAAAUAAUGUUGUGAAAUGAUGUACAUCCUUCUAUUUAAUGAUGUUUGACUAUCUAAGGCCUACUCUAAACCCACUGAACCCGAGAGACUUGUAAUAGCUUCAGUGAGCUCUGGAUGAGGCCAUUGAGUUGUAAGAAGUUGGCAAGUCAAACACACAGUAUUACGCUAGUAAUGAGAAACAGAAAGUUAAGCUGACAAUAAAGAGCAACUGCCAUUGACAAGUCUAGCUCAUUGUCUGUACUAAAUCACUUAAAGGUAAACAAAGGAUGUAACCAAGUUUUAACUGCACUCCUAAGACUUGAUUUUGCAAACACAUAUGAGUAAUUUCACUGACUUGAAAUGAGCAUAAGGUUCUGGAUUCCACUGGUCAGAGCUUCCAUACUUAAUCCUAAAAUGUGUAUUCAGUCUCUCCAGGGUGAGUGUUGAACCAUGAGACUAAGAAUAGGCUGUUAUUUCUGGAGCACUAAAAAUAAGGAAAACUAUGCUUGCAAUACACCAACUGAUUUAAGAAAUCCAACAUUCUGUAAGGCACUUACAGAAUAACAAACUUUCAGAUUUCCAUUUCAUGAAAGAAAAUACUGAUGUCUAAUCUCAGGCCUGGAAGCUAAUACUACAUUUGACUUUCUGGGGGUAUAAUGGCUGAUCCUUCCACGAUUGUUUAUUUCCUGCCUCAGUGGAUUAUCUUCAUUGUUUUGGCCUGUGUAGUUCCAUGUGCCCAGCUCUUGUGUGAAGCAACGCUCAAGCAAAUGAGAGAGGCAAGAUGUAAAGGGAAAAAAAAAUUGUCUGAUGUGGGAAAACAGAUCCAUUGUAAAACAUAACACUGGCAUGCAGAGUAUGCUUCUUCAUCUGGAACAUAAGUAAAAUUUAAAAGCAAAAGCACAAUUAUUCUUUUUUUGCAAAAUGUAGCCCUCGGGUGUCAUUUAACUGAGAAUUAUCACAUUUCACCAAGGGACAGAAAACAGUUGGAUCCUUUUCAGAAUGAAAGAACCAAUCCUCUGAUAUAUUUGCUGCUUGAUUUAGCAUUUAAAUGAAGCUCACCAAUCUGUAGAAGAGUAAGGUAACUAGGUUUCCCUUACAAGAAUCUCACAGAGCUUGCUCUCUUUGAUUAAGCUGACUGAAGUGGAAAAGUCAGGGCCUAAACCCUUGUACUCUACACUUGUAUGCUCUUUCAUCACUGGGACUCUUUACUU